UUGGCGCCCACACGUUCGCCUUUCAUAUAGAGCAUGUGAAGUUGUGAGCCUUGAGUCCUUGACCCGUCGCUCCUAGACUUGAAGACUCGAGAGAAAAGGCGUGUCGGCGGCGUCACUACGUCAGCGCCCUCUGCCUCUGCCCCCACGCGCACCUCCACCAUCCAUGGCCGACAACGCCAACCUCCCUCCGACCUGGGCCACCACAGCCGGCCUCGGCUUCUUGACCCUCAACUCCAGGGUCGCCAUCUACCGCGUGUGGGGCGACCUCGUCUCCAUCCUACUGGUAACAGGCUCGUACGCCGCUCUGCUACUCCUUUUCCGCUGCCUCCGUGACUACGAGCGCGCGGCGCCCGGGUCCCAGCCAGAGCGCGGGCGAGGCGCUGUGUGGCUGCUCACCGUGGCCUUCGCCUGGAAGGUGGCGGCGGCUAUGCCGUCGGCCGCCGCUUCGGCCGUCAUCUGGGCGCUUGCCGUUGGUGCUCUUCGUCCUUGGAUUGGCAUGCGCAUGGACUGUAACAUUCCAGGUGUUUAUAUUCCGCUCGAUAACGAGUAUGGAUUUAAACAUGUAAUAUCAGUGAAUGAAACAGAUGCUAAAAUUUAAUCAUCUUCGCCUAUCGCGAUUUUAA